GUAUGUAGGCUGGAAUACGCCCCUAGGCGUGGCUUUGGCUGAACUCGUUGGGAAAAAAGACGGGUUCCUUUCAGGAAAAAUGGCAGCUGUUGACAUCGACAUGCAGACGGAACUAGAGCCACAAAUAAUUAUUGACGCCGACAUGGAGAGGGAGGCUGAGGGCUUCAAAGAUCAAGGAAAUGCUUUCUACGUCAAGAAGGAUUAUUCUGAGGCAUUUAACUACUACACAAAGGCCAUUGAUGCAUGUCCUAAAAACGCCAGUUACUAUGGAAACCGGGCGGCCACUCUCAUGAUGCUGUGCCGCUUCCGAGAGGCCCUGGUGGACUCCCAACGGGCCGUGCGGCUGGACGACUGUUUCAUGAAGGGCCAUCUGCGAGAGGGCAAGUGUCACUUGUCUCUGGGCAACGCCAUGGCAGCCAGCCGCUGCUUUCAGAAGGUCCUGGAACUGGAGCCCAGCAACAGCCAGGCGCAGCAGGAGCACAAAAAUGCCACAGCAGUACUGGAGUACGAACGAAUGGCAGAACUUGACUUCGAAAAAAGAGGGAUUUCAGAAAGGCAUGUGGUGUAUUCUAUGGACAAGGCCCUGGGAUUGGCGUCCACCUGUCAUCGCUUCAAAAUCCUCAAGGCUGAGUGUUUGGCCCUACUGGGUCGCUACCUAGAAGCCCAGUCUGUGGCCAGCGAUAUAUUGAGGAUGGACUCGACUAACGGAGACGCUCUGUACGUGCGAGGCCUGUGUCUGUACUACGAGGACUGCAUCGACAAAGCUGUGCAGUUCUUUGUGCAAGCACUGCGCAUGGCCCCAGACCACGAGAAGUCUCGGCUAGCUUGCAGAAAUGCCAAAGCUUUGAAAGCCAAGAAGGAGGAGGGAAACAAAGUGUUCAAGAACAGCAACUUUGAGGCAGCCUACCGGCUCUACUCGGAGGCCCUGGCGAUAGACCCCAACAACAUCAAAACCAACGCCAAGCUCUACUGCAACAGAGGCACCGUCGGGGCUAAGCUGAAUAAACCUGAUCAAGCAAUUGAAGAUUGCACAAGUGCAAUAAAGUUGGAUGACACAUAUAUCAAGGCCUAUUUGAGACGAGCCCAGUGUUAUAUGGACAUCGAACAGUAUGAAGAAGCUGUACGGGACUAUGAAAAGGUCUACCAGACAGAGAAGACUAAAGAACACAAGCAUCUCUUGAAGACGGCUCAGUUGGAACUGAAAAAGAGCAAGCGGAAAGAUUACUACAAGGUUCUGGGGGUGGGAAAGAAUGCCACAGAAGAUGAGAUUAAGAAGGCCUAUCGGAAACGGGCCCUUAUGCACCACCCAGAUCGUCACAGUGCGGCCACGCCAGAGGUACAGAAGGAGGAGGAAAAGAAGUUUAAAGAGAUGGGCGAAGCCUUCACUGUGCUCUCUGACCCCAAGAAGAAGACUCGCUAUGACUGCGGCCAUGACCUGGAGGAGGACAGCAAUAAUAUGGGAGAUUUCAAUGCCAACAACAUCUUCAAGACCUUCUUUGGAGGCCCAGCAGGAGGAUUCAGUUUUGAAUCCAAUCACAACCAAGCACCUGGAAAUGUAUUUUUCCAGUUUGGCUAGAAAUGAAGAAUGCCAUUGGGAAUGCUGUAGCCCUGUGGUGGACAAUAUUAAGUCGGACGCACCCUCACAACCUGAUUUUUAUGCUCCCAUUGUUUUUUGCAAAAUGUUGCUUUCACAUGCUAAAAAGACACUCAGUGUUGUUAUCUGAGCGAGAGAAAUGGUGCUCGUCAUGCUUGGCAUCUUCCUAAAAUCUUUUUGGCUGUUACCACCACAUUUGACAAUAUCCUCUUCAAAUUCAAACUGACAAGGGCGACUUUUGGUAGGUUUAGUAACUAAGAACGUAGCAAAUUAAAUAGGUUAAAGGUUUUUUGACAAGGGGGAUUCGGAAAAACUUGAAUCCUCAGGAAAUUGUCUUGAUUCUCUUUUGAGUAUUUGUUGCAAAGCAUGUUUUGAAGGCAUGAAAUAGGAGUACUGUUGCCAAAAUAUACAUUUCAUUGCUUGAAUGGAAAAUGUUUGCUGUACCUGGAGCAAGUAGAGCUUUGUAAAUGAACACAUGGGAGUGCAACUCCGUUGUUAGUUUUAGUAGGUCGCAUGAUUUUUUCAUUCACGCCACAUAGAGGUCGCCCAGAAACACAAAGUUAGCAUGGGAAUCAUUUGGCGGUAAAGCAGAAACUGACCUUAGGGCAGAGCCUAGGAACUACUUCAGUCCCAUGUAGAAUGAGGCCUGUUUUCAUUUGUUGUAUUUUCCUGCAGACUCAAACUACAGUUUCAUGUUAGUCUCCAUUUUGCUCAUUGAUGCAUUGUGCAUUUUACUGGCAUGUUUUAAGUCUUAUUUUGUGCUCCUAAUUUGAUUUGAGAUUUUGUUCAGUUCUCUUAAAUGUAUUUAUUUAUUGUAUAUUCAAACUGUAUCCAUCUCAAUAACAGUGUUGGUGAUAUUCCAUUUGAUUUCUAAUGUUUUCUAUUGAAUAGGAUGUAAAAAAAAACAUAUCCUUGACCCACGUAUGUAAAGUUUUGACCUCUUAAUAGAUCUAUUUUUCUCCAUGUGGUUUUCUAGCAUUGCUUUGGCCCCAUAAUACGAUGCAUCCGGUUUCAACUCCCAAGUGAACAGUUGAAACUUCAGCAGCUAGUCUUGUAGAUCAGUUUCUAACUCUGGUCCAGGCGAAGUACAUGUUCCUCUACAAACUAGUUGAUGCAUUACCACCAACUGGACUGGAGUGGGAACCUCGGUUCAUCCUUCAAUCACCCAUGUGGGUAUAUUCUCCUGAAAAUGAAUAAGGAGAUUGGAGAGGUGGGACUUGCAGCGUGUUACGAGUAAAAAAUAGAACCGUCUUCUAUUUUAGCGCCUAGCUACUCAGACGCUCGUUGACACGCACAAGUUGUUUGAAUGAAAUUAUUGAAUAAUAUAUGUGUACAUUUAUUUUGCAAUAAUGACCCUACUGACUGACGUUGCUUAAACACAAAGGUUGAGAAACUCUCUUGUAAAGUGUGCUAACUAAAGUCACCUAUUUUAAUUGUAAUUUUACUUUGAAGAUGUUUAAAUGUAAAGUCUGGCCAGUCUAGGCAAUGGGAUCUUGAAAGAAGAUACUUGACAAAAAAACAGAUCCCUUUUUUACACCUAGAAUCAGCUCUCAUUGAGAGGCUUUUAUUCUGCUUUCGGGGAUUGUCAUCAUGCUUUGUAUCUGUCAUGAACGUUUGGUCAGUAUGUCCCUCUCAAUCUGUGUGCUUCUCACCUGUGUGCCAGGUGGUAGGUUGAAAACGUGAACAGAAACGCUACAUUUUCAUGAUCCUAGUACCUGUGUACCAUUUUUUUUUUUUUUUAAGAAUAUGCCUCUGUACAAUGUUUUGGUUGAAGGAAAUAAAAAUGAAUCUUUUCCCCUUA